AUGGAGGAGCUGCCCGUCGUCGUGCUCCUGCUCCUCCUCCUCGCCUUACUGCUUGUGCCGCUGGUGCUCCUGGAUAGGAGGCGCCGCGGCCGGCGGACGCCUCCGUUCAGUGUCCUGGUGGUGGCCGGCUCUGGUGGGCACACAACAGAAAUCCUGAGGUUACUCAGCUGUUUGUCAGAGUCAUACUCUCCUAGACAUUAUGUUUUGGCGGACUCAGAUAAGAUGAGUGAAGCUAAAAUACGUUCUUUUGAACAAAAAAGGGCUGAAACAUUCUCCAAGUCCCAGUUCAGCCUGGAUCGCAUUCCCAGAAGCCGGGAGGUCAGACAGUCCUGGAUCUCCUCUGUGCUAACAACACUGUACUCCAUACUUUACUCCCUUCCUCUGACCUACAAACGGAAACCAGAUUUGAUAUUGUGCAAUGGACCAGGAACAUGUGUUCCUGUCUGUUUAUCUGCUUUUCUUUUUGGCCUCCUACGAAUAAAGAGAACAGUUAUUGUGUAUGUAGAGAGCAUCUGCCGUGUGGAAACUUUAUCCUUGUCUGGAAAGAUUCUUUACUACUUUUCAGAUUAUUUCAUUGUUCAGUGGCCUGAUCUAAAGAAAAAAUAUCCCAAGUCAGUGUAUCUUGGUCGAAUAGUGUAACAACAGAAGACAAGCUAAGCUUUACCUGAAAUAGACUCUACAAGCUCCUCACUUGCAUUCCUGUAGUAAUUUAUUUUCAAGAAUUCCUGUCACAAAAUUAGGCUGGUACUUUAAAAUGAGACAAUAAAGUUUUCUCUACAUUUAAGUAAAA